UUUACUUCAGCCGCAUCACCCCGCUGGCAGACGGGCUUUCUGCUCAGCGAGCUUCCUAAGUUAUUGUCAUCUUUCCCAAAUGGAUAUGAGAAUCUCUUGGGUGUUACUUUUCCUUCAUACACUCAACGCGAACAGCCUGCCCGAGCCAUUUGUGGACGUUUUCAUCGACCGGUACGACAUACCGAGAGUUUGUCCCCGAGAAGUGCAAAGCGAAGACUUUAUCCGUUAUCAUUUUAAUGGUACCCUGCUGUCUGACGGGAAAAAGUUUGACUCAAGCCAUGACCGAGGAAAAGCCUUCAUCAGCCAGGUGGGCCUGGGCAGACUCAUCACAGGGAUGGACCGGGGUCUUCAAGGCAUGUGUGUCAAUGAGCGCAGGCGGAUCACAGUCCCCCCUCACCUGGCAUAUGGAAGCGUUGGAACAGGUGGUGUAAUCCCUCCUGAUGCAGUGUUGGUGUAUGACGUUCUCCUGCUGGACAUUUGGAACACAGAGGACAAGGUCCAGAUCCGGACUCUCUACAAACCUGCAAGCUGCAACCGCUCCUCUGUGGCAUCAGAUUUUGUGCGGUACCACUAUAACGGCACGCUGAUGUCGGGGGAGGCCUUUGACUCCAGUUACUCGAGGAAUGCAACCUACGACACCUACCUGGGACGGGGUGACCUAAUUAAAGGCAUGGACGAGGGUCUGCUGGGCAUGUGUGUUGGGGAGAGGAGAGUCAUUAUUGUCCCACCUUUUCUGGCAUAUGGAGAGAACGGCUAUGGAACUAAGGUCCCUCCUCAGGCCACACUGGUGUUUGAGGUGUUGAUGGUUGACUUGUUCAACCCUAAGGAUGAUCUGAUCAUAGAGAUAAAGGAGGUUCCUGAAGGCUGCACCCGCAGGACGGUGACUGGAGAUUAUAUCCGCUACCACUACAACGGCACCUUCCAGGACGGCAGAGCCUUCGACUCAAGCUACCAGCGAAACAGCACCUAUAACACAUACAUCGGGAUGGGAUAUGUGAUUCGGGGGAUGGAUAAAGCUCUGCUGGGGCUGUGUAUAGGAGAGAAGAGGAGGAUUACUGUCCCCCCUCACUUGGCCUAUGGUGAAGAUGGAGUCAAAGACCUCAUUCCUGGCUCUGCUGUGCUCGUCUUUGACAUCCAUGUCAUUGACUUCCACAACCCCAAAGAUCCGGUCAAGAUCACGGUUACCCACAAGCCUCAGGAAUGCAGGGAGACCAGUGAAGCUGACGAUUUGAUCCAGUAUCGCUAUAAUUGCUCCCUCAUGGAUGGCACCCUGCUGUACUCCUCGGACAACAGUGUCUCGCCUUCCAUCACAACUCUGGGAGCGAGCAUGGUGAUCCUGGGUCUGGAGGAGGGUUUGAGUGGCAUGUGUGUGGGCGAGAGGAGGGAGGUGAUAGUUCCACCUCACUGGGGACAUGGUGAAGAUGGAGCUGGGGGAGUUCCCCGAAGCGCGGUACUUUUCUUUGAGCUGGAGCUGGUGGAGCUGCAAAAGGGGGUGCCUGAGGGCUUCAUGUUUGUGUGGCUGGGUGACGGUCCUGAUCCCCUUUUUCCUGCUAUGGACCUGAACGGUGACAAAGAGGUCCCUCUACAAGAGUUUUCGGCCUUCAUCAUGCUUCAAGUCAAGGAAGGCAAAGGUCGUCUCCGACCAGGUUUCAACGCUGACACCAUCAUCGAGGAAAUGUUCAAUAGCCAGGAUACAAAUAAAGAUGGGAAGAUUGUAGAAGAUGAACUGAAACCAGAGGGUACAAAGUCUGAACAAGUGAGACGAGAUGAGCUCUAAAGGGGACACGCUCACUGUGUCAGAGAGAAAGUAGAACCAGGCUGUGGGGCUGUGGUUCUACUUUGAUUUCAGCAGCAAGUACAAUAAGAUGUUUCCAAGGUUGGAUGAGUCUGUUUACUCAGCUGUACACUGCUGAAAUUUGUACCAUUUCUGUUAAAUGACAGCCAACUUUAAGUUAUUUGAAUGUUGCUGUUCAAUCCAUCUGUUUGGGUGGCCAGUGUGUUGUUCACAUGAAACUGGAAUUAUACAAUGUGAAAGGAAGAGGUCAGGUGUGGUUCUGUCAGUUGCAGAAAUGAUAUUACUCAUGUGCACUUUGAGCUCUUGCAGAUGACAAAGCCAUACAUUACAUACCUUCUACAUAUGAAACCUUAUUGCCAUAAAAUACCUGCUUAAGAAGAUUUCACUUAAUGUCUCACUGAUUUAAUAUUCCAAUGGUGCCAUCAUUCAUGUUUUGUCUUGAGCAUCAUAAAUGAAUAUUGAAUGCAUUUUUAUUAAUUCAGGGUUUAGAAUUAACACCUCUGUUUCAGCUGUCUUCAGUUACAAGUUUGAAGAUCAUGUGCAGAUUUUUUUUUGUUGUUGUUGUUUUUUUUUCUGGUUUUAAAUUUUUUUGAUGCCUCAGCUGUCAAGUAGGACUUGGCAUGCCCUCUAGUUUAUGAAUUGUUUACUGUAAUUUUGAUUUUAAACAGUUUCUAACGUCCACAUAGCAUUGCAGCAUGUGAAUGACAGAUUUUAAUAAUGUGUUCAGUCAGUAAGAAAAAAUUUUACACUGUUGAGAAAAGCACAUUUGACUCAAGCAAGAACAUCAAACUAUAGAAAGCAUCCGGGCUGUGCCCUUCUUUUAGGAUUUGACUCUCUGAAAGAUAUGUGUUUGCAAAUGUACUUUUAUUUAGUUGCCUUAACUUAACCUCCUUAGACCUUGCAUGUACACAUCAAAUCCUUUCAUGAAAAUUUAGGUGAAUUUUCUUUUAUUUUGGAGCAUUACAUUGAAAGUUUGGGGAAAUUUGCUUUGAAGUUUUUGGGACUUUUCAUGGAAAUGUGUGACUUAUUUAAUUUUUGGUGAUUUGAGUGUGAAUUGGGGGGUUGGGGAUGCUCUUAAAAUAAAUACAAAU